CACAACGACGACGCAGUCCUCCUCCUGGAAGUCCAUGUCGACGACGAAUUUGUCGAGCCACUCCAGGCUCCAUCAUCACCACUUCGAACCGGGCAAAAAUGUCUCGGUGACGACCAUCAAUGUACCUCCACCUGUUACGAGUGACUUGCACGAUGGUAAAAACGUGUGUAAAUACGUGAGCGGUCAGAACGGCGUUACCGUCUCGGUCGUGUCGAGCUGUGACAAUAACAGUAGAAUAAACAGUAACAUCCACCAAAGCAGCAGCGGUGGCUGCGUCGCGAACGACGAUUGCGACAGCGACGGCGAAGUGAGUCGCAUCGAUUUUCGCGGAGUCAAUUUGCGCAGCAAGAAGAAACGCGAGAAUUCCGUGGGUCUUUGCGGCGACGACAAUGACUCCUCGAGCCAGUAUCAGCACCAACCCGAGAGGCCGAUGUCGUGGGAGGGUGAGCUUUCCGAUCAGGAGAUGUCGUCCAACACCAUCACCAAUCAAGAUCUCGAGGAGACGUCGAUGGAGGGUGUGCAAGUCUGCAGCACGAGUCCGGUCAUGGUGGAUCAAAAGUUUUCGAUCAAAACGGAGUCGGAUUUUCGCUCGACUUCCGGCAUACAUCAUCAGGCUCAAUCGACGACGAGCAAUGCGCUAAACGAGACUGUGGUCGGCGUCUCGCACGUUCAGCAGCUGCAUCAACCCCACCAUCACCAUCAGCAACAGCAGCAACAUCAACAAGCCCAAUCAGUUCCAAAGCAGCAGCAGCAGCAUCAACCGGUGCAACAGAGCGCGGAUCAAGCGCAGCAAAGCGAUUUGCCACUGCUGGUGGGUAAAUUGCUCGGAGGCUGCAACAGCUCUACGCCCAGUCACAGCCCCAUACUCGUACCGCGUCAUCAUCUGACCAAGCACAGUCACACGAGAUCUCAGGUUCCUUCUCCCGACUCGGCCAUCCACUCGGCCUACAGCGUCUUCAGCUCGCCGACUCAGUCGCCGCACGCGGCUCGUCACUCGGCCCUCGGCUCGGCCUCGCCCGUCCCCGGGGCCGGCGGUGGCGGCUGCGGCGGCGGUGGCUCCUCCUCGCUCUCUCUGUCGCGGCACAGCUUCAACAAUUCCUCCUCGUCGCUGUCGCUCUCCCUGUCGCACUCGCUCUCGCGCAACAACAGCGACGCCUCGAGCAGCUGCUACAGCUACGGCAGCCUGAGUCCGCCGACGCACUCGCCGAUUCAGCAGCGGCACGCCAUGCACCAGCAGAACGCGGCGGCCGCGCUCCAGCAGCACCUGCAGAAUCAGGCCGCGACGCAGCACGCCUACGGCUCGGCCGCGGCUGCCGCUUUGGCCGCUCAGGGCCUCGACGCUGCCUCGGCUGCGGCAGCGGCGGCGGCUUCGGGGGCCGACGUGCAUCUCGACGAUCAAGACGACGGCAGAUUGCCUUCGGCUCCGUCCGGUAUCUCGACCAGGCAGCAGCUCAUCAACAGUCCUUGUCCUAUAUGCGGCGACAAAAUAAGUGGCUUCCAUUACGGAAUCUUCUCGUGCGAGUCUUGUAAAGGUUUCUUCAAAAGGACCGUACAAAAUCGGAAAAACUACGUCUGUCUACGCGGUGCUGGUUGCCCCGUAACCGUGGCUACGCGCAAAAAGUGUCCGGCUUGUAGAUUCGACAAGUGCCUCAACAUGGGCAUGAAACUCGAGGCCAUUAGAGAGGACCGAACGCGAGGCGGACGAAGUACGUAUCAGUGUACUUACACGUUGCCAGCGAGUCUCAUGGGCAACGCCUCUGCCUCGUCCGCCGGUGUCCUGGCUCAAGGUGCCUUGAUCAAUGAAAAAAUGGGCCUCGCUAGUCCAAGCAGUCCCGCCUCCUCCUCCGAUCAUCAUUCGAGCAAGCAUCAUUCGCACAACCUCGUACCUGCGCUGCUUCAAGAAAUCAUGGACGUCGAGCAUCUGUGGCAUUAUAAUGACAACGAUCGAAUGAGCGGCAGUCAAAGCAUGGCCUCUCUUAGUCUCUCACAGUCUCUGACGAGUACGAGCUUGAAUGUCACAAACAGCAGUAUUGAUAUGCAUGACUCAUUUUCGUCAAACGGCUCAACCUCGACUAUAAUGGGAGGAACAAACGGCAAUCGUCUAGACUCAACUUCCUUGCCGUCAACGCGAGAACCGCGCCAAUCUUCCAACUCUAAUGGAAACUCUUCUCAUCAGCCAGAUUUUCUUUCGAAUCUCUGCAAUAUAGCCGAUCAUCGCUUAUAUAAAAUAGUCAAGUGGUGCAAAAGUUUGCCACUGUUCAAACAUAUUUCUAUUGACGAUCAAAUAUGCCUUCUGAUCAAUUCUUGGUGCGAACUCUUGCUUUUUUCAUGUUGCUUUAGGAGUAUGAGUACUCCUGGUGAAAUUAGAGUGUCUCUAGGAAAAAGUAUCACAUUAGAACAAGCUAAACAGCUUGGUUUAGCGACGUGCAUUGAACGUAUGCUUGCUUUCACCAAUAAUCUGAGACGAUUAAGGGUUGACCAGUACGAAUACGUUGGAAUGAAGGUGAUAGUGCUUUUAACUUCGGAUACGAAUGAAUUGAAGGAACCUGAAAAAGUGCGUGACUCGCAAGAAAAAGCUCUCCAAGCUUUACAAAAAUAUACUAAUGCAAAGUACCCAGAGAUGCCAGCUAAAUUUGGCGAGCUGUUACUACGUAUUCCCGAUUUGCAACGAACUUGUCAAGUGGGUAAAGAACUACUCAGUGCUAAGAGGGCAGAAGGAGAAGGCUGUUCUUUCAAUCUUCUUAUGGAGCUUUUACGCGGUGAUCACUAA